AUGGGUAUAAUAUGUCCCGGGAUGGUUGUAACUAGUGCUGAACGAAAUGGCAGAAGCAAGGCAAUACAAUCAGGCAAUCGAGAGUGGGCUAUGGCAAUUAUAUGUGGUAAUAAAGAGAGUGAAACUAUACCUUCAUUUUUAGUAGUUCAAGAACAAGUUCAUCUUUCCAAUUGGUAUACCGAAACCGAUUUUCCUGCGGAUUGGGCUAUUAAACCUACUUCCAAUGGAUGGACGAAUAAUGAGACAGAUCUAGAAUGGUUAAAGCAUUUCGAUAAACAUACUAUUCGUCAAAGGAAGGGCAAAUAUCGAAUGCUAGUAUUGGAUGGGUAUGAAAGCCACGAAUCAAUACCUUUUCAAUCAUAUUGCAAAUCAAAUGAUAUUAUAUACCUCAAAUUACCACCACAUUCAAGUCAUUUAACUCAACCACUUGAUAUUGGCUGUUUUAGCAAUCUGAAACGUUCAUAUAAUGAUCAAAUUAAUGAAUUUAUGUUGACCUCCUGGGAUCUUGGCAGCAUAUGCAUAUAUAGUACAUAUGCAUAUAAGGAGCAAACAAAACUCAACUUUUAA